GACCAAUCGGGUGGCUGGAGGCAGGACUGCGACAAAGCAUGGAGUCACACUGAGCGGAACUGGGAAGCACAUGUGGAGGAGAUACUGAUCCUCUAAAACACACGGGGAAGAUGAAGAGAAAGAGGUGUGAAUCCGGUCUGCAAGCUGUCGAGCAACAGGAUCUAGAAUCAUUCCAAGAUGAUGGAAGCAGUGGUGUUGAUGAAGAGGAAGAAGAUGAUCAGAGUAAAAGAUCUGGAAAGAAGAGCAGUGACAUGAAGAAAAAACAAAAAGCAGAUGUUGGAUUAAUAGGGGCUCUGAAGUUAAGUAAAAGAGAACUAUACAAACCACCAACGAGUGAGGAACUCAAUCAGCUGAAAGAAACAGAGAAUCUCUUUCACUCCACUCUACUAAGAAUGCAGGUUGAAGAACUUCUAAAAGAAGUAAAAUUGAAGGAGAAGAAACGCAAGACAAUUGAUGCUUUCCUCCAUGAAGUGAAUGAUCUUCUCAAAAAAAUACCAAAAACUGAACAAGUUAAUAUUACGGACCAGACCUGGCUUCCAAAGAAUGUUAAAGUUCCUUUCCUUCAAGUACCAUACAAUGUCAAAGGGAAGUUUCACUUCCUACCCCCAACUUCUGUAAAAGUUAUUGGAAGCUAUUUACUGGGUACCUGCAUCAAGCCAUAUAUCAAUGUAGAUGUUGCCGUUACAAUGCCAGAGGAAAUGCUGCAAGCAAAGGACAACUUUAACCAGCGUUACCUCAGAAAACGAGCUCUCUACCUGGCUCACAUUGCCCAUCACUUAUCGAAGAACAAGCUCUUUGGAUCUGUGAAGUUUGGCUACUUCAAUAGCAACCACUUGAAGCCAAUCCUGUAUCUAUCUCCACAAGGUAAAGAUGAGAAACUGGUCACUGUGAGGAUCCAUCCAUGUGCACCUGCUUCUUUCUUCAAGCUCUCUCGGUUUCAUCCCAGCAGAAGCAACAUCCGUGUGUCCUGGUUUCUGGAACAAAAGGCUGCUCAAGGAGGAAAUGAUGAACCUCCUACACCACAUUAUAAUAACAGCAUCCUCCUUGACUUGGUGAUGGAACAGCAUCUGAAUUUCCUCUUCAAUAGUGCCACUGAUUUCCCGGGAAUGAAGGAUGGAAUUGGACUUCUUAAAGUAUGGCUUCUUCAGAGGGAAUUUAACAAGGGCUAUGGCUGUUUUAAUGGAUUUCUAGCUUCAAUGCUGGUGGCAUAUUUGCUUUUGAAACGUAAACUAAACAAAAUGAUGAGUGGGUACCAGGUACUGCGGAACGUCCUUCAGUUUUUAGCUGUCACGGACCUCGCUCAAAAUGGCAUCAGCCUUUUCCAGGGCACCGAUGACUCAGCGCCAUCACUUGCAGACUUCCAUCAGUCUUUUGAAGUUGUAUUUGUGGAUCCCUCAGGAUUUGUAAACCUCUGUGCUGAAAUGACAGCAAGCAAAUACAAGCAGAUUCAGCAUGAAGCAGAGAAAUCAAUGGAAAUUCUUGACAAUAAGACCGUGGAUGGCUUUGAAAUUCUCUUGAUGACUCGGAAACAUUUCAUUCAAACAUUUGACCAUGUCUUUUUCCUGAAGAACCUGGUCAAGCUGCAGGAGGGCUGUAAAAAGAUGAAACUGCUCAAUGAAUUGAUUGAUCAUGGAGGCAACUACAUUGCUACAAUCCUGCCUCGCCUUCUGUCACUGUUAACUCAUGGACUCGGGCAGCGGAUUCACCUUCUCUCUCAUGCUCUUGUUCAAAUAUCUGAAUGGCCUAUAAAUGUGGAUCCUCCAAAACACAAGGAUGUCAAACACUUAUCCUUUGGCCUUUUACUGAAUCCUCAGUUUUCAAUGAAUGUUUUGGAAAAAGGACCUCAGGCAAAUACUCCGGAGGCAGCAGAAUUUAGGGAAUUUUGGGGAGAGAAUUCUGAGCUGAGACGUUUCCAGGAUGGAUCCAUUUGCGAGGCUGUCCUGUGGAAGGGUGGCAACAUAUGUGACUGUCGGCGUAUCCCUGAGCAGAUUAUUAAAUACCUUCUUCAGCUACAUAUGGAUCUUCCAACGUCAAUGGUGUCUUAUGCUGGAGAUUUACUCGACUCUGUCAUGGAAGUUGAGAAGGGGUCUGCAGGGUUUGAGGAGAAGACCCUCUGUGUUGUGAAGUCGUAUGAUGACUUGAGUCGAAAGCUCUGGAAUCUCAAAGGACUUCCCUUGACUGUCACAUCAGUCCAAGGGACGCACCCUGUGUUUCGAUACACAGAUGUUUUCCCACCUGAACCAGUGAAACCAGAUUACUCCUAUCAUAAGAAGAGUAAGGAUGGUAAAUGCUUGCUUCCUUUAGAAGAUAAGCCAUGUCCUGCGUAUGUCCCGGCAUUAAAAGUGAUCUGCAACAUGGAAGGAAGUGGGAAGUGGCCUCAAAACAAAGAUGCUAUUCAACGCAUCAAAGCGGCUUUUCACAUCAGACUGGCCGAGCUCCUGGACCAGCAGCAUGGGUUGACCUGCCAGCCCUCAGCUACCCACGUGGACGUGUACAAGGAGGGUUAUGUUUUCCGCGUCCAAGUUGCAUAUCACAGAGAACCUCUGAUUCUGAAAGAAAUCCAGACACCAGAUGGUAUGCUAAAGUAUCGGGAUACUGAAGAGACCUUCCAGCUAGAAUGGGAAACCAUUCAUCUGCCGUGCCUAACAAGCACAUUGCAUGGGCUUCAACAGCAAUAUUCUGCAUACAGCGGAACAUGUCGAUUUGCAAAACGCUGGAUCAGUGCUCAGUUGCUCAGUGAUUACAUUGGCGAGGAGUGUAUUGAUCUUCUAGCAGCCUACCUCUUCACCCAGCCUGCACCUUAUUCAUCACCUGUCUCUCCACAAACUGGCUUCCUUCGCUUUCUGAAUUUGUUAUCAACGUUUGAUUGGAAGAAUAACCCACUGAUUGUGAAUCUGAAUGGUGAGAUAAAAGAUGCUGAAUAUGCUGAGAUUAAGAAUGACUUUACUGCAGCACGGAAUCAGCUUCCUGUUAUGUUUAUCGCUACACCCAGUGACAGAAAAUCUUCAUUAUGGACUAAAAAACGUACUUCAGCACCGAUUCUUCAACGAUUGAUCGAGCUAGCAAGCCAAUCAUUGGAAAUACUGCAAAGACAGCUGCUGGAUCCUUUUGAUAAACCUGAUCUUAAGAUGGUAUUCCGGCCGCCUCUGGAUAUGUAUGAUGUCAUCAUUCACCUGAACCCCAAACAUAUACCAAGAUACAUAGAAGCAGUUGAUAAGCCAAAAGUUACUUACUGCAGAGGGACAUUACAAAGUGGUGCAUCAGUAAAAUUCUUAAAGCUACCAGUGGUGGGUUAUGAUCCAGUUCAGUGUUACCUUCGUGAACUAAAGAGUGCUUUUGGGGAUUUUGCGUUAUUUUUCUACGAUACAUAUGGAGGAAAUAUGAUUGCUGUACUUUGGAAUCCUCAGGCUUUCGUUCCUCAACCUUUUAAGACCUCCCACGUUCAUGCUAGAAUGUUGGAAACAAAAGAAAAUGGACUUCAAAUGAUCCCCAAUGUGGAGGCUAUUUUGGAAGACUUUGAAAUACUUGGAGCUGGAUUGGUGAAGUCUGUUGAAGCACACACUGAGAAAUGGAAGAUCUAAGGACUUAAUUUUAUUAUCUAUAGAUACCUACUCCCUCAUUUUGUAGGCACUCCAUUUGGAGAUUAUGAAAUGUGGCAAAAUAUUAUAACUUGUACCAUUUGGAAAAAUAAAUGUUUUAUAUAUA